UUUAUAGAUAUGGCAACAUUUUUUAAAGAAAAGGAACUGUUAAGAACAUCUGGUGAGGUUGAGCCAGACACCGUUCUGGAUGCCAAGAUUGUAGGUGUUUACUUCUCAGCUGGUUGGUGCCCUCCGUGUCGACAGUUCACACCUAUUCUAGCUGACGCCUAUGAGGAGAUCAGAAACAAGAAAUACCCAUUUGAGAUUGUUUUUAUCUCAAGCGACAAGAAAGUGGAACACAUGGACCAGUAUAUAGCAGAGGACCAUGGUGAUUGGCUGCACUUGUCAUUUGCAAAUCCGUUCAAUAAUGAACUGAGAGAAUUGUUUAACGUAAGUGCUAUUCCGAAGCUCAUUAUUCUAAAACCUUCCGGAGAAGUAAUCACAAACCUUGGACGCAAGGAGAUCCAGGAUCGAGGAAGUCUGUGCGUUCGCAGUUGGCUUGAAUCGGCUGGCAUUGCUUUCAGGUAGAGAUUCAAAAGCAGGUGAAGUCUGUGUCCACAAUUAACGUAGAAACUCCUGAUACAGACUUCAUGUUAUUUUGAACAAAUCUGUUACUUACCAUUGUGAGUGGCCAAUGAUGCGAUCCUAUACCCGGUCAAAUUUUUUGCCCACACAGAUAUGACCACACCCCAUAUAAAGUUUUUGUCGUCUAAAGAUGACAUGCUUAAAUACCAUUUCAUCCCCACCAUGGUUUAACCAACCAUGUUGGGACCGACGUGGGUGUGAAAGUUUCAUGCCUGUUCCCCAUUAUUUUGAAAUAGUUAUGCAACUAGUGAAUUUUACAAGCCCAACAGGCUCCAUGUUUAAAAUAUGGCUUCGGUGAAUUAGUCUUAUCUAACAUCGUUUUCAAAAUAAAAAUACUUGGAAUACAUACA